AUGACGACCAUGACUGCGCCCUCCACCCCGCCCGUCGCGCCGCGCAAAAGUCGUCGACUGCGAACACCGCCGAGCCCACAGCAUGGCUCCUACCAUGACGAGUGGCAGCCAUAUGGUUCGCCUCGCCGCUCGACUCGCGCUACCCUCGUCAAAAAUCCAUACAGCACAUCGAACACGACGAGCAUGAAGAGCGCUGGAGGACCUUCCAAUGGUGUGCCUCCCCUUCGCACGCCAACUGCAAGAAAGUCAUCAUUCUGGCAAUUAAGCGACCUCAUCUCCCCGCCUGCUUCCCCGGAUGAGAACGGGAGCAAUUCAAAGUUCGGCAUGACCCCACGCAAACAAUCUACCAAAACCAAAACCCACAGUACCAACGCGGACACGGAAUUCGGCCACCGGGCAUCUCCAAACAACGACAACUACACAUCCUUCCGCAUCGAACCUCGAGUCGACUCGCCCUUUGACAACAAACCCUCCCCCAGUGCCAUUCGCUCAAACGGCAUGAAGGAUACCGCACGCAUUUUGCGCUUCCAGCCGGCCGACCCAAAUGACUGCUUCCCAACUAAGAAGCAGACGCUUAAGCAACGCAAGCACGACGCUCAGCGACUGAAUAAUUUCACGCUCGAUACCGAUAGCAUGCGCGGCAUGGACAGCCGGACAGGCGCCCAGAAUAAUAUGAAUAUCUACACCGACACGCACGCCCGCGUCCCGGAGCUCGAUGACUCCGAGGAGAACGUAUUCUAUCGACCGUCAACCCGUUCUCGUGCGCGCACUCGUCCUCAGCCACGGAUACCAACCACCUCCUGCCCAGACUCAUCCCCGGCCAGGCGCCCGCCGACUGCUCAGCAACUUAGCGACGCGCGUGAAAUGCAGCGCGCUGCCGACAAUGGCGAGGGUACCAUUCAGAUGUUGUAUGUAUUUUGUCUCGCCUCCUACUUCGGUAUCAAGCUAACACACGACAGCCGCGGUAGAAAAGUCUUCCACCGAUACGACGAUGUCCCAGCGAGCUCUCCCCACAUCAGCAAGAGCCUCAGUCAGCGCACACUUCGGCGAGCCGCUGGUAUUGCGGCAGAUCGACCCAUGACUCGUAGCUCUCUCCAGCCGCGCUUGCUGUUCCCGGUGUCCGCCGAGGAGGCUGAGACAGACAUUGAUGACGACAACGUCGAGGCCGAGACCGAUGUUGAAAUUCAUGCCGACGAGGAUGUCGAGAUGUCGGACGCUGCUCCUUCUAUGGAAGGCGAAGGCGAGGAGGCGCCGUCUGCUGUACCCGCCACGCCGGCCAAGGGCAAAGGGCGCGCCCAACCGUCCAUGUUGGAAACUCCGCCUACCACCGGACGCGUUACUCGCAUGAAGGAGGUCGCGGAUGWUAUGCCAGCCGGGAGCGCACUCACGUACAAAUCAGCAGAUCCCGGUUCCACAAGGACUCCGAACAGCAAGAAGACAAAGCGUUUUGCGCUUGUGGAGAUUGCGGGGGAAGAUGGAGACGACGAGCUCGAUAAUCACAACGAUGGUCUCAUGCGCCCUCCGCCAACCCCGGCUCGUCGUGGUGCUGCACGCAAGCAAGGAUCCAACGCCGUGUCGCUCACCGAUAUCGCGGAGGAACAAGAACCGAAACCUUCCACCACGGCUAAGAGGUCCAGCAGUCUCUUCGAUCACUGGCCGCGUACUAAGAGUUGCGGCCGGAAGCGCGAUGGAGAUAUGAUGAGUUCUCCCACCUCCAAGCGGACUACGCGCGGUGCAAGAGGCGGCGAAGACGCUUCUGCUUGA